AUGUCCCACCCCACGAGCGCAAACGGUCCCUCGCCUCUCCCAAACUCCGAAUACAACUUCAUCCCCUACCCUCCUACCUCUCUCUCACAACGCUCCAUGUCAGACUACGCUCGAACCAUGCACGAGCACACAAGACGCCAACUCGACUCCGCACAGCGCAAAUGCCAGGAGGGCGCGAGGGGCACCGAGUCGCCGCCCGACUCGCUAAAUCACUCUGUGCGGUCGACGGAUUCUUAG